UUUUUUUCUUAUCUAAUUGCCUGGCUAUCUAAUUCUAUAACACAUAAUUGCCUGGCUUAAUGUUAGCAAUUUAAAAUUAAAAACAAAUCCGAAAUGGUUGACUGUGUUAAAGUGCUGCUCAAAAUUUUGCCCGAACUACUUGGUAGUUCUGAACAAAAUUGCGUGGACAGAAAGAAUAUUAACUUAAAAUGCAUCGACGUACUGUUUAAAAAUGCCCAUAAUAAAGUAGAUGCAAUGAAAAUUAAAGAUUUUCAGAAGAAGGCCGAGGCAGAAAUACGUGGUGGGUUUCAAUGUCUGGCGUUCAAAUCUCUCAAAAUAAUUUUAUUGAAUACCAAUGAAGAAGAAAGACUCCUUCACUACCAUGACUUAAUAAAACUUUUCUACAACAGCCUAAUUCAGAAAGUACUAGAAUUGCAUAAGUUGGACAGCCUGAUAACGUUCCAAGAAUACGAACACCUGGUAAGAAAUCUACUACCUUUGGUUACGUUGGAAAUACUUCUUGAACAGUACCCCACUAAAAACCAAAUCCUUUUCGAAGAACUGGUGGAGUACUUAGAUAUGCCAAUUGUUCUUAGAGAAGACAUUUACGAAGUGUUACAGAAGAAACUUGGUCAUAGCAAUUUCAAGCUUAUACGGUAUCACUUGGAAGCAGUAUCCAAUAAAGGACUUUUGUCUGACUGUGCCAGCCUCAACGUUUUAAUAAUAGAAGAAAACGAAAAGAAAACUUGUAAGUUUUUCAUUAAAUUUUUGCCAACUCAAGAAACAAUUGUUCAGAAAUUUAUAACUGCCCUGGCUUUCAAAAAAGAAGUUUUAUUCUAUGGAAAAUUUGUGCCUCUAUUAAAAGAACUUGGUGAGACAAAUUUAGAGUUUAUUCCAGAAAGUUACUUGAUUAGAGAUGAUUUGAUUGUAUUAAGUGACAUUACUGAGCUAGGGUAUUCCCAUUCCGGUCAAGAUUUCCUUGAUUAUGAUCAUUUAUCUUUAAUAAUAAAAUAUUUUGCCCGAAUCCAUUCAUUCUCUAUCAUUUUUGAAGAAAAUUUGAGUAAGAAAUUAGGGGAGGAAGUUUCACUGGACUCAUAUUUUCCAGAUCUAGUUGAAGAGUCUCAAUUUGCACGAAAUUUCUUGAUUGACUGUCAGUUUGAGCACAUGGUAUUGUUUCUAGAGAAGUUUCCAAAUGUAGCUAAAGAUUUUCCAUUGGAGGAUUUUGUGGUUAGAGCUAGAAAGAAGUAUUACGAAAUCUAUAAUGUCGUCAAAAAGUCGUUGAAGCACAAGAAUGUUCUGAGUCAUGGUGAUGUGUGGCAGCCAAACUUUUUCUAUAAGUGCGAUUCAAAGCGCAAACCAUGCAGUGGUAUAGUUUUUGAUUUUCAACUAUUGAGGUAUGCACCCCCAGCUUUGGAUAUACUUAUGCUGCUUCAUGUUAAUGCUACAAAACAAACUAGAGACAAUUACAUGUCUCAACUUCUUCUAGACUACCAUAACGAACUAAAAUCAACUUUAAUCAGAUUUAAUAUAGAUCUAAAGAAUACUUUCAGCUUCAAUGAUCUACAGGCUUCUGUGCAGGACCUUCGGAUGUACGGAAAUUUUAUCGGAACUCUCUAUGGAUACUUUAUGGCAUUGCCGAAGGAAAAGUUUGGACCAGCUUUUGUAAAUCCUGAAACAAACGAAAAGUUUUGGACAAAUCCUAAAUUCAGAACAGAUUUGUGUUAUUCCUUUUGGGACGAUUUAUCAGAAGUUUGGAAGAAAGAGUGGUUGAACAAUAUGGAAGAACUGUAUGAGUUAUGUAAAAAUAAUUAAACAUUUUUUGAAAUCGUAUAUAAAUAAAUAUUUUUUUUGUGUUGUAGAUAUGAAUAUUCAUGUAAAAAUGAAUAAAAAUUUUUGAAGCUAUUUUUUAUAAAUGAAUAUUUUUUUUGUGUUAUGAUAAUUUUUUUACCAAAAUUGUCAGUUAUAUAAUAAUUGGUGUUAAGUACAAUUAUUAUUAAAUUUGACUUACGUUUCGGCAUGUUUUCAGAAAAUAAAAUAUUUUUU